AGCCCCUGUCCUUGCCUUUGUGGGACAGGCACUUUCAAGGAAACGGAAGUUUCUUAUCGCUUAUCGCAGCCGCAAUUCGCCCAAAAAUUUGGGUUACCAAGGCGAACCAGAGGCACCUCAGCGCAGCGGAGGGACAACAAGCAAAGCAACGACCAUCGCUUCGUCUUGCAGCCCGCAAGGUCAAUCAAUCCACCGCAACAAUGUCGUCGUUACGCAACAGCAUCCAGCGGCGGGCUCACCGCGAGCGGGCGCAGCCCCUCGAGCGGGCGAGGCUGGGCCUGCUCGAGAAGAAGAAGGACUACCAGAAGCGGGCGCGGGACUACAACAAGAAGAAGGAGGUGCUCAAGUCGCUGCGGCAGAAGGCGGCCGACCGCAACGAGGACGAGUUCUACUUUGGCAUGAUGUCGCGCAAGGGGCCCGGCGCCCCCGUUACCCGCGGCAAGGCCUUCACCGGCUACGUCGACGGCGACCGCGGCAACAGGGCCAUGGACGUCGACACCGUCCGCCUCCUCAAGACCCAAGACCUCGGCUACAUCCGGACGAUGCGCAACGUGGCCGCCAAGGAGCUGCGCGAGCUCGAGGAGCGAUACAUCUUAGCCGGAGGGACAGAUCUUGGUGGCAACAACGACAAUGAUGAUGACGAUGACGACGACGACGGCAUCGACAUUGACGGCGGCAUGGCCCCGUCGUCUUCGCGGCCGCAAAAACCAAAAAAGAUCCUGUUCUUCGACGAGGCUGAGGAGCGAGAGCAGGCGUUGGAGCGAGCACAAGAGGAGCAGGAGCAGGAGGAGGACGAGGCCAUGGAUGAUCUGGAGGACGAAUACGACGAGAGGGAGGCCGAGGCGGCCAGAAAAGCACAGAUCCUCGAGAAGCUCGGGCGGAGGUUGAAAGCGGCCAGGAAGAAACUCAAGACGCUCCAGGACGCCGAGUACGAGCUGGAGAUACAACAAGCCAAGAUGGCAAAGACGGCGACGUCGGGGGGCGUCACAAAGACGGGGAGGAGAAUCAAAGUGCGGGAGAGGAAACGGUAGUCAGCAGGUUGGCGUGCCUGCGUUCUGUUUCAUGACCCUUUCUUUAAACAGCUGCUCCUUCCAGGGAGAGGAGGAGGGGGGAGGAGAGAAACAAAAAAAAAAAAAAAAGAAAAAGUGGCAUGUUCCAGCCUCGGCUGAGGUUCUUCUUAUUGUCCCCAGAAAGAAAACAAAAUACCCCAACUUGGUAGAUUAUCAUGAUUUAUGAAACAGCUAUCCCAUCC